AUGCCGGAACACGCUGAAGUGGCGCGCAUAGUGCACUUUCUUCGCAAACAUCUAGUCGGCAAGACCCUAUCCAAAGUGCAAGCACAACAUGAUGAUAUUGUGUACGGCAAAGUCGGCACCAGUGCCGAGGAAUUUCAAAAGUCGAUACAAGGCAAGAAGGUAGUAGGGGCUGGGCAACAAGGAAAAUACUUCUGGAUCGCCAUGUCCUCGCCUCCACAUCCUGUGAUGCAUUUUGGCAUGGCUGGAUGGCUGAAGAUCAAGGAUGCCGAUACAUAUUAUUAUCGCUCUGAUAAACCAGCAGACAAAGAGUGGCCUCCAAAAUAUGCAAAAUUCUUGCUCGAGACCAAUGAUGAGCCCAAAACAGAGGCCGCGUUUGUGGAUGCUCGCAGGCUGAGUCGAAUUCGUUUGGUAGAUUGUCCGGCCGACGAGAUUCGCAAACAUUCCCCUCUGAAGGAGAAUGGGCCAGAUCCGGUGGCGGAUAAACACCUCGUUAACGAGGCUUGGCUGGUGGAGAAGCUGAGGAAGAAGCGAAUGCCAAUCAAGGCUCUGCUACUGGACCAAGCGAAUAUCAGUGGAAUUGGGAAUUGGAUGGCCGAUGAGAUCCUGUACCACGCCAAAAUCCAUCCGGAACAAACAAGCAACACUUUAUCUGAUGAUCAGAUCAAGGAGCUUCACACCGCCAUGCAUUACGUCUUUACAACCGCCAUCGAGGUUCUAGCGGACUCUGAAAAGUUUCCUGAGCAUUGGCUCUUCAAGCACCGAUGGGGAAAGGGAAAGAAAAACCAACCCUCUGCUCUUCCAAAUGGCGAUAAGAUCAUUUUCGUCACCGUCGGGGGUAGGACGAGUGCCGUCGUUCCCGCGGUGCAGAAGAAAAAUGGCUCCGUGGUGAAAGAUGAAGAAACAAACGAUACUCCCACGAAGCGAAAACGUGUCAAAGAAGAAAGUGAUUCAGAGGCUGAGGAAAAACCUACCAAAGGCCGGUCGACCAAAAGCAAUCCGGUGAUUAAGAAAGAAAUCGAUGAGAAAGUACUAGAUGCGGGGGUUAAGAGACGAUCUACUCGGUCAAGAAAGUAG